AUGGGGGGCUCCGAUGGCGGAGGGGAAGGCGAUGGGGGAUGCGCGGAGGGCAAACUGGCGGAGAUGUUCGAGACCGGGAACGCAGAAAUCGAGACGAGGAGGUGCGAUGAUUGGUUCAAGCAGCUGGACGCCAGGAACCUGACAGAUCAGGAGCAAGAGAUCAUUGACAAGAGGGUAGCACUUCAGCGGAAGAUGUUGGCAGAGUAUGAGAAGCGUGAGAGGGCAAGAAAGGUGCAUGAAUUGCGGCAAGUGUGCCCAGAGAUAUCUGAUGAUGAGGCUGAGGCUGCAUUGCGUAAAUGUGGUGGAAGGGAAGAUGAGGCUGCACUCCUUUUGACAUCUGAUCCCACUUUCAAAGCAUCUCUGAAAUCCAGGGUCCCAAAUAAAGAGCCACCAUCCUCAAAGCCUGCAGGCCGCGCCCAGUCCGCCGCCCCAACCAAUCCACCCCGAAGGGCACCAAAGCGAGAGGCAGCCAACCUUGAGGGCGGUGUGUUUGUUGGACGUUUCCAGUCGCGGUUGGGACCCAUUCAGCUUGCCAAGGUUCAGCGUACUCGCGGGAAGCGAGGCUUGCAAGACGCGACAGGCAAGCAAGAUGCCACAGAAGAGGUUGAUGAGCAACCCACGGAAGACACAGGGAAUCUUGGCAGCAACGAGGGCGGCGAAGCACCACCAGAGGAAGCAACUGAGACCGGGGAAGAAAAGGUUGACGAUGCUGAUGCUGGUGACAAUCAGCAAGAGGGGCAGUCUGUGGGAGACGUGCAGCCAGCUGUCAAAGCUGAGGUCACCAUGAACGAGGACGUUGCUGCCUGGGGGCAGAAAAGGAUGAGAACUGGGGGAGCACAGGCUGAUGGAAAGGGGUUGCUGACUGUCGAAGAAAAGAGGCGUGGGGUAGAUGUGGAAAUGGAGAGUGCAAAGGAGGAAACAGCGCCAAACUGGGGCAAGAAGCGGCUGCGAUCGAGAAUGGAUGGCAGGCAGGGGAGUCCCACUGCCGUGAAUGGAACUUUGGAGGAGAAGAUGGCAUCUCAUGACUCUGACUGUGGGGCUGUUUGGGGGGGGGAUUCAAUGAAAGAGGAAAAGGGGCGUGCCGGUGUUGCUGGACAGGUGGAUUCGGAAGGCAGCCAGCCGAUCGUGGCAAAGGCACCAAAGAAGAGGGGCAAGAGGGGCACCCCGUUGAAGGGGACCCCCUUGAAGGGUGUGCAGAAGAGGAGGGGCUCAAGUGCCAAGAAGUCGGUUGGGACACCGAGCAGUGUAAAGAAGCUGCAAAAAAGGAGACGAUCAUCUGGAGGAGCUGCUGCUGUGGGUGUGGGGAGCCCUGGAUCGAGCAAGCAGCGGUGUACAACGGGAGACAAUCCAGUUUCUGGCGGCAACCUGGGAAAGAAGAAUGUGAAGGCAAGUGCCAAGAAGAAGAGGAAAACUGCUGCAGAGCAAGACGUCAGAACUUCCUUGUUCAGCAGCGAUGAAGAUUUCGAUGUGGGGGAGCAGUCUGCCAGAAGUGCAAGACGACGCAGCAAGAAGAGUGCUUCAGCAGCAAAAUCUCCUACAAACGCAUUGAAGUCUGCAUCCCCACGCUCUCCGAAUCCCAGCAGUGUUGGAAAACAAGGCAGCCAAACGCGGUCAGGCAGUGCAGCACUUUCACCCAAAAAGAAUGUGUGUGCCAGUCCACAGGCCAGCAACGGCCAUCAGGAAAAGGCUGCAGCAUCCCCUGGUGCCAGCGACAAGGGUGCUUGCAGUGGCAGAGUGAUCGGUGAAACGUCCCAGCAGGAAAAUCAGUCACCCAACACAGACGACAAGAAGCUGGCCAAUAAACCAUCUGCAGGAGGGGCAGGCCAUGCUGGCCGGGCCAUUUCUCGGACAGGCCACACAUGCCGUGGCCGUGUCAAACAGAAAGGACACAAGUGUGCCGAACUGGUGGAGGUUGGAACGUUGAGGGUGGAUAAGCACUGGCACAAUUCGGGCUACAUCUUCCCUGAGGGCUUCAAGUCUCGUCUGACGUUCCGCAGCUCUGUUGACCUCAAUGCCCUGUGUGUCCAUGAAUGUGAUAUUAUAGCCAAAGGCGGCAAGUUUUUUCCCCUUCCCACUUUCAGGGUCACUGCCCUCGAUCGACCAAAUGACCCACUUAUUGCUAAGAGCUGCACGGGGUGUUGGACACUGGUGCUCAAGAGGAUUAAUGGCGAAAUAGAUAGGCGGCGCAAGGCUGGCGAGGACCUGCCACCGCCUCCAAAGACAGCCAUUGCGGGCCCUGAGUACUUUGGCCUCAUACAGCCAGACAUUGUUCAGCACAUCGAGGCCUUGGACCCUCAGCAUAGAUGUACAGCAUACUGGGAAGGGAAGGUGGAUCGCCAAGCAGCCGCGGCUGGGCUGAGUGUGCCUGGCGUUCAGCAAGGUCCUCAAAGGUCACGCAGAGCCACUCGAGGGGGGGGGAGCAGCAGGAAGCGUCGGAACGGCUGGAGCGAGGACGAUGAUUCGGAGGCAGACGCGGACGUAGAAGAGGAGGGCGACUACAAGGGGAACAGGUGGUCUACUCUGUGCAGGGGGGAGCGCUACCGCAACAGGUGCGUCCAGAAGGGCGAGGAUGGCUUGCAUGAGGACGAGGACAACCCGAUUCCCGACCUGAUCGACCCCAUCACCCUGGAGCCCGUCAGAACUCCCGCGAUUUCGCCCUAUGGCCACGUCAUGGGCAUGGCCACCUGGAAGGCCGUCUUGGCGGAGCAGAAGCGGUGUCCCUUCACAAAGAAGCCGCUGUCGUGGGAGCAAUGCACGGUGCUGACGCGCGGCAACAUUGACCGUCACAGGGAUCGGGUCGUUCACCUGUGA